AAUAAAUAAUACAGAAUAGCAUCUUAGCUUUCUUCUAGUAUAAGUUUUAUGAACCUCCUGCCAGUAAUUGAUCAUUAGCAAAUUUUUAGAUUGAUCGUUCCUGUAGGUUCGAUCCGUCGUCCUUAUAAUUAUUUAUAAUUAAUCAAUUACUGGCUGAAUCCUUACAAAACCUGUAUGCAAAAGUUGCUACGAGUAUGUAGAUUAAGAAUCAAUUAUGAAAAUACAUAAAUUGUUUCUAGAAAAUGUGUUAUUAAUGAUCCUUCCCUAUUCCGUUCCCUGUUAAGUUGCGUUAGUUUUGGAGUAAUAAACAAUGGAAGACCGCGACGACAGUCUAGCAUUUUUCUUCGUUAAAAUGGCUUCUUCGUCAAUGAAAAGCACUCGGAAAACCUACAGCUUUGAGGAACGGGAAAUUUUGAUAACCUUGAUAAAUAAAUACGAGGAUAUCGAGGAUAAAAGAUCCGAUCCAAUAUCGAUGUACAAAAGAAAAUCAGCAUGGUCUCAGCUCGCUAAUGAAUACAAUUCCAUGGUAGGACCCCAAGGGAUGCGUUCCGCGGUACAAUUAAGACGAUGUUGGGAAAAUAUGAAGGCCUGCAAACGAAAUCGGGAGGAAAAGAAAUUACGUAUGUCAAAAAGUUUUUAUCAAUUGUCCAAAGAUCACGUGCGAUUGAAAAGUUGGGAGAGUAGGAAUUCUCUACCGGAAAUUUCAAGACCUACCGGAAGUGUGGGGUUACCGCCAAACGUGGUGUUCGAACCAAAGGAGUCGGAACCAUUCACGUUGCAAAGUGUUUGCACUACGAAGCCUUUGAAAUCAAAUUUGAAGGAGGAACAUAAUUGUAAAGAUACAGAUUCUAGCGCAGAUAAGACCGAUUCGAAUUUAUUGUCGCACGGUCCAAUGGCGGAGUGUUUCGAAAAAUUAUCCAACGAUACUUCAGUUGCUAAGAAUUUGGACAAGGAAGAAUCACCGAGAAAGACCCGUCUGAUAUUCAAGUCGAACGCAACGCAAACGUUAAUCUCUCCAUCGUCUCGCAGAACAAAAAGGUCUCAUCAUAAAGAAGAAGAAUUGCACGUAUUAGCUUUGUCGGAAGCGCAGAUGAAGGUCGACAUCGCUGCCAUGUUAAAAGAGGAGGCCAGGAUUAAAUUGGAAGAGGCUCACUAUCGUAAAGAGGAGGCUAGACUGAGAAUGCUCCUUUUUACCUACAAAUUAGAUAGGAUAAAGGAGGAUUGA